AUGGGUGGCCUGCCAGAUGCCCAAUGGGUCGUUUCUGCGUUUCUGACGUACCUGCCAGGCUAUUUUAAACAAAAAACAAGAAGAAAAAUGGCCGAGCCGACGAGUCCCCAGAAAUCGGCCACCGCCAGGCCUCAGCUCACCAGCACCAUGCGCACCAGCUCCUACCUGAGCGACCAUCAGCAGUACCGCCGUGCCAGCCCGCGCCUCGCAGACGCGCACCACGGCAUCGACACGGUCCUCGAGUCCAAGAGCCGCCCGCCCGCCACCACGGGCAGCCCAGUCGCCGCCGCGCUGCCCUUUCGCGGCAUCCCCUCCGAGGACGCGCCGCCCACCAUUGUCGAGAGCGGCAUCGACCACAGCUACGCCCACCACAGCUGUGCACCCCCCGCCGGCCAGAAGACGGACCGCCUCCUCGUGACGCUCUUCUACAAGGGCGCCGCGCAGCAGCAGCAGCCGCCGACUAUGACCAACUGCGCGACGGCACCCGCCCCGACCGGCUCCCCGCCCAACGCCCCCGACACGCUCCCCGGCAACCUGGCGCCCACGACCAGCCUCGACGCCUUCCCGCUCGAGCCGCCCACGCACGAGGCCGAGCACCUCGACCACCUGUACGGCUCCUACGUGUCGCCGCUCUGCAUCACCUCGUUCCUGCACCUCAUGUCCGCCUUCCCGCUGCCCGACGGCGCCGACGAGCCGCACUCGUCGCACCGCUGCCUCGACGACCCGGACGCCCCGCGCGUCGUCGAGCUCGCCCUCGCGCCCGCGCCCGCCCCGUCCUUUCUCAGCAUCCCCGAGCUGCGCAAGCACGAGACCAUCUACCGCUUCGAGCAGGAGUGGAACGUCGACGUCGUCCUCCGCCGCGACGCCGUCUGGCGCCGCCACCCCCGCCUCGUCGUCUUCGACAUGGACAGCACCCUCAUCGCCCAGGAGGUCAUUGACCUGCUCGCCGAGCAAAUCACCGAGCCCGCCGACCUCGGCGCCCGCGUCGCCGACAUUACCCGCCGCGCCAUGGCCGGCGAGCUCGAGUUUGCCGCCUCGUUCCGCGAGCGCCUCGCCCUGCUCAAGGGCCUGCCCGCCGCCAUCUUUGAGCAGCUCCGCCCGGUCCUCCGCGUCACCCCCGGCGUCCGCCCGCUCCUCCGGGCCCUGAAGCGCCUCGGCGUCAAGACCGCCGUCCUGUCCGGCGGCUUCCAGCCGCUGACCACCUGGCUGGCCGCCGAGCUGGGCCUCGACUACGCCUUUGCCAACGACGUCGUCGUCGGCCCCGACGGCAGGCUCACCGGCGAGGCCCAGGGCCCCAUUGUCGGCGCCGAGCGCAAGCGAGACCUGCUCGUCGAGAUUGCCGCCAAGGAAAACAUUGACCUGGCGCAGGUCGUGGCCGUCGGCGACGGCGCCAACGACCUGCUCAUGCUCGACAAGGCCGGCCUCGGCGUGGCGUGGAACGCGAAACCCCGCGUCCAGAUGGAGGCCGCCGCGCGUCUGAAUGGCGAGAGCUUGCUGGACUUGCUCUACCUGUUUGGCUUUACGGCCGAGGAGAUUGACGCCUUGAUUGCGUGA